AUGAUUUGCAAUGUUGAUACAUUUUAGAUGUUUAACAUUAUUAAAGAAAUUUAUGAAAACGAAUACGAAAAAGUUUACAUCUCCAAUUUCAAAGAUAAAUACAAAAUUAUUGUACUAAAAGUGGAGGUUGGCAAUAAAAAGUACCUCCAUAAUCAAUACACAAUACUAGAGCUAUUGAAAUUUGUGCAAGGAGUGCCCAAAAUACUGAACCACGGAUUUGGUGCAGAUGAAAAGUUUUACUAUUCUAUCGAUUACUAUGCCAAAUCCCUUGCAGAAAUUUUACAAAAAUUCGGAACCCUAACCCUAUAAUCAGCCUUAUCAAUAGGAUUGUCUUUGCUCAGAAUUCUAAGUGGAAUUCAUAGACAAGAAAUUAUUUAUGCCAACAUUUGUCCAGAAAAUGUUGUCUUUUCAAAGGAAGCAGUCGAUCAUGAUUAGCAAUUGCAUUUAAUUGGUUUUGGUUAAGCUUAUUUAAAAUAAGAUAAACAAAAAAAACUUUUGAAUAAAAACUCUUUGCCAUAUCAUAUUCACAACAAUCGUGUAUCUUCUAAGAAGGAUGACUUAGAAAGUUUGGGCUAUCUUCUAAUUAAGUUGAUAAAAGGAACGUUACCAUGGGAAUCACUACCACAAUAGUUGAUGGGACAAAAGAAAAUAGAAUGCUUAAAGUCAAAUGAAAUUUUGCAAGGACUUCCUUAUGAAUUUAGAUUUUACUUUCAAUAAAUCAAUUUAUUCCAUGAUGAACCUAAUCAUGCAUACUUGAUUAAGCUUCUAAAUUCCAUCAUGUAAAAAUAUUGCAAGACUACACAACACUGUAUCAUUGAGCUAAACUAAUUAACUCCAAUUACUGAAACCUUGAAUGAGACUGAUUCAUCAAUGGAUAGUUGCUAUCUAUGCACUGUAAUCCCAUAGAACAUGAGUAACUUUAAUGUUUUGCCAAACAUGGAAUUAGACUCAUCGAUUGAAGAAAAGCUUAAGAGAUUAUAACUGAUAUCUAAAUAAUAUAAACUUAUCAGCAACCUAUGA